AUGAAUCUGAACCAGGACCUACAUAGUGACUCUUUAAAUGAUUCCAGGAUCAGCUUGUGAGCUAAUAAUCACAGUCCAGCUAUAAAAGCUGGGAAGCGAUACAAGCGCCUCAAAUCUCAACAUGGAACACCUUUACAUAAAAAUAAAAAGUUUGGAGGAAGGAGUUACCAUAAUUCGUUUAAAAAGCCUGCUCCUGCUCCUUGCAGUAGGAGCCAGAGACCUCGAACUGCUAAUUAUAGGUCGAGACAGAAGAGGCAUGAACGAACUGGUUUCAAUGCUUAUGAUUUCACUGCAACUGAUCCGGAUAAAAUAAUCAAAGAGUAUAAGAACAUCUCAGUUACCACUCCUCAGAUGGAAUAUUCCUACUAUGAAGGAAGACAAACUAUGAAUUCUCGGAGAAAGGAGCACAAAACUCGGUUAAAUUAAGAUCUCUAAAAGAUUUAAUGAGAUUGAAGCCCCUUCAAAUAAGAGUAAUAAAAGCUCAUCAAAUAACUUAAAAGUCAGCACUAAGCAAACUGCUCUUGAACGGAUGGAACGAAGCCUUUGAAGGCCCAAAAGUAGUUAUAUAUCCUCCCAGAAGGUCAAAAAGCAAAACCAGAAGUUGCUCUCUGGAAUAAAUAGUCGAAAAAGCAGUGUGGCUAAGAGAAGAAAGCGGAAGAUCACUAAGUCUCAUCUUUUGUUUAAUAAACAGUUCAGCAUGAAUACUGGAGAGAUUACUAACUUAAAGCACUUUGUGAAUGUCCUAACCAACCAGCGUAAAGGAGCACAGUACGAAGUUGAUCAUAAGAAAAAUACGAGAUCAAUGGUGAAUGACGGAUGGGAAAACCAAGAGAAUAUGGAUCACAUCAAUAAAAUGAUAUAUCCACAACACUAUAUGAGACCUUUACUUCGGAAGAGGAAUGUAGGAAUAGCUGGAUCAGAAUGGAAUGACAAUCAUGUAAUCUCUUCUAAUACUAGCUCGGCUCAUAAGGAGGUAAAGGCCAGACACUAUAGAUCACAUAUACCUUCAAAGAAUGAUUUUAUAUCAUAUUUCUCACCUAAUUUGCAGGGCCAGAGCCAUCCAGAGAAAGAUUGAGUGAAGGAUCUGUCCCAUUCAUUCCAGUAUCCACCAACAGACUUUAAAUUUGAGAUGAAGAUUACUAAGAAUCACAACCGGAAUGGAGCUUUGGGGAAAUCAAGAACCGGACAUUUAUACAAAAAGGCUUAAGAAUGUAGGCUAAU